CCUCAACAAAGGUUUUUCACAUUGUCUGAUGAUAUAAUUGAACUAGCCUUUUAUCCCGAAAGAUUAAAUAGACUCACCACCCUGUUAUGUUCAUGUGCUUUUAUAAUAAGUCAUGGUUGGGAUAUUAAACCUUAAACAAAGGUAUGAAAUUCUCUGUGAUGUCCACCUCUGCAUGACUGCAUAUUGACAGAACAAUUUGAGUCACCUACAAUCAGGUUCACACCUUGUUAACACCGCCAUUAGAUUGUCUUUACAGACACUGAUUGUUGAUUUGCAUUUGCGUCUUAAUGGAAUCUUUUAUUGCUGUUGUCCGAAGGCUUAGACACCCAGGACAACGCUUUGCCAUUUGAUAUAAAGCUGCGUGCACCAAGAGUAUUUCCACUCACCGAAGUCUCAGCCUUAGAUACAGUACCUCACUGGGAUCUGUUCCAAGAGUAGCCGAAAAGCUAGUUUUCGAAUAUGUUGACUACCGUCUUGAUAAUUGCUGCUAUGGCGAGCACUGUCAUCACUAGGCCAUCGCAGAACCACUUGGAAAACACCUUUACUGUUGAGAACGAAUCAGAAGAAGUGCGUUCGGAAGCUCUGAAAAGGCUUUUGGAAGUUUUUGGAAUGGAAGAUCCACCUCACUUGCGUGGUCUCCAAAAGCAACCACCACAGUACAUGCUUGACUUGUACAACACGGUGGCGGAUAUUGAUGGCGUUACAAAGGACCCGGACUUGCUGGAGGGAAACACGGUUCGAAGUUUCUUUGAUAAACUUCACAGCGAACAAAUCCAGUUCAUGUUCAACCUGUCGAAUGUUGCCAAAACGGAGAAGGUUUUGACUGCAGAACUCCAUCUGUUUAAACUGAGACCUCUGGCUUCGUUGGCAUUCAACAGACAUCACUUUUGCCAGAUUAGUGUUUACCAGCUCCUUGAAAACAAACAAGGGAACACAUCUCAGGGCAGGAAGCUACUGGCUUCAAGACUGCUUCCUGUUCAUUCCAGUGGCUGGGAGGUUUUCUCCAUCACACAGGCAGUGCGCUCCUGGAUGGCAGACGAGGGCAGCAACCUGGGGCUGCUGGUGACGGUGAGGACGCUGGGAGGAAGCCAGAUGGAUACCAAGCUGGUUCGGUUUGCCUCCGGUCGCCACCACCACCAGAGCAAGCAGCCCAUGCUGGUCCUCUUCACAGAUGACGGGAGGCGAGCUGCCUCACUUAAGAGCACUCUGACAGAUGUGGGUGACACCCCAGCCCCCCCCAGCUUGCCGCUGGCUCCGAAGCCUGCAGCCGGACACCGUAGCGCACGCUCCCUGGACUACGACGAGGAUCAGCAGAUGCCCUGCCAGCGCCUCCCCCUCUAUGUGGACUUUGAGGAGAUCGGCUGGUCUGGCUGGAUCGUGUCGCCGCGCGGUUACAAUGCGUACCACUGCAAGGGCUCCUGCCCCUUCCCGCUGGGGCAGAACAUGCGGCCGACCAACCACGCCACCGUGCAGUCCAUCAUCAACGCGCUCAAGCUCACCAAGGGCAUCGAGACGCCCUGCUGCGUUCCUGACAAGCUCUUUUCCAUCAACCUGCUCUACUUCGACGACGACGAAAACGUGGUGCUCAAGCAGUAUGACGACAUGGUAGCAGGAAGCUGUGGCUGCCAUUAAGGACUCCCCCUACUGGUCACCUUUUGCUUUUGCAUGCAACAGGUUGUGCAGCUCAUGCGUGUGCUGUACACAGAGGAAAGCAAUUUAGGGAAGGUCCAAAUGCACAGGCACAUUUAAUGAAAACAAGUGAUACUACUACUGUCCUUAUUGGUCCAGAAAACAGUACGGUAGUCUCAGUCUCAGCAUUCAGGUGUCUGCAAUAGACACAAGUAGAGGUAGUCUGUGUGGCCUUUGGGAUUCACAUUGAGUGAAAAUGCACCAGGCACAGCAUGUGGUGACCAGCCCAUUUGAGACCUCUGAGUGACGUGCAUGUAUUUGCAUUCCCUGUGCCAUUGUAUGAUAUGUAAAUAGCUAUAUAUAUUAAUAUAAGAUCAGGAAUUUAUCUUGGAAAAGCUGUACAUGUGUAAAUGUGUAAAAACUUUAUG